AAUAUUUACUUUUAUAGUGUAAAAUAUACCGAAAACUGAGAUUGCGAAAAAAAAAAAAUAAGUCGAUAUAGAAUGAAAUUUCUUAUUUUUUAAAAGCCUAAUAAAAAUAAUAAAGUGUCGGGUUUUUACCACAUCGAUUUUACACGUUUAGAAAAUUUGUUCAGGUUCAUGACCCAAUUUUGAGAAUUCUUAACAAAAAAUUCUCUUUUUGAAUAAAACUUUUCCAUGAUAUGCAAUAUCAACUUUUGAAUGUAAUAAUCAAGUUAUGAGGAAGAAGGGUGUUCAAACUUCGGAAAAUAAUCGAUCGACUAUUUAAAAAAAAAUAAAAAAUUUGAUUACAAGGUUUGUAACUUUUUUGACGUCGAUGAGGGUGAAAUGAGUUUUAAUUUUCAAGUUUGUCCAGUCAGUGCUUGGCACUUCCGAGUGUUGUGAGACUUGCUAGUGAGCUAGGUUCAAAUGUUUAUAAAACGCUCAGGGCACCGCGGUCAUUCUUCAAGCUGAAACUUGAAACUGAAAACGAAGUUUUUUCAUUUUUUUACACGCUCCUUAAAAUAAUCUCGUGAUUUUUUAACAUCGAAGUAUUGUUUCCCACUUGGAUAUUUUAAUAUUUGACCGGAUCGUAUCCAUGCUACCGCAUAAGGAUUGAACGUUUUGUUCCCGCACCCGCCGUGCUUGUUUACAUUUAAAGAUUGUAAAUUGUUUUCCGAGUUUCACUACAUCUAAUAAAACCGUAAAUGAUCGAGAAAAAAUAAAUGGAGUUCGACAAACGCGAAAUGGUGACCGACCUUCCGCUCAUAAUCGCCAAUGGUACGAUCAAAUCUCUCAAGACGCUCAGCGAGACCGAGCUUGAGUCGUUCCUUGCGUACCUGGUGAAGUUCACGGCGGAGAAGGACGGCGUGCACGACUACCAGAAGCCGUCCUGGUGGACGGAACAGCUCCCCUUUCCCCCAGGGUUCACGAAGGGUUCUCCACUCCCGUACGUACGGAACAAAGCUGUUAUAAUGAGGCGACUUGUAAAGAAUUGCUACUUCAGCCGGGGGCUUUUGGACCUCCUCACUUUUUCCGAGGAACUUUCAAAGCUACACUCUUUACAACUGCAGUAUCUAAGAGACAAAAAGUCUGAUACAAUCACAGUUUUCAAAGACUGUUCACCCGUCGCCAUCAUACCAUCUAUGAAUCUGGAUUAUGAUUACCGGCAGAACCCCUUAGUGCAGACUCCUUGCAAGCCAGAAGUUAUUAAGCGCUUGGAAGAAUCGACUGAAGUACUUGUGAUCUCUGACGAGGAAGACCUCAAUUCAGUGGUGGUCAACGAUUCUGAUGAGGAUUGCGUUAUUACUGGUGUGAAAAUACUCAAGAAAGAAAAUUUAUGUAAAAAAAAGCAGAAGCCCUUACUUCACACAUCCCCUACUAGUCCAUUUAAAUUUUUAUCGCUACAGGCCAGAAACAAGCAUAAGCAAUCUAUAGAUCAGGAUGAAUGUAUUGUAAUAUCGGAUAGCGAGGAUGACAAAUUUGUGAGUAGUUCACAAGACACGAAAAGUGAAAGUUCAAUAAAUGAACAAGAAUUACUUGACAAAGCACUCACGCAAGACAGCUUUCUCGACAUGUUUGAACUGCGGCGAGGAGCAGCGGCGAAAAUAUGCAUCGAGAAACCGCCUGUUAUUACGUGGAAGUAUCGCGUGACGAGUUCCUUUUUAGGCCGUAUUCCAUCCCUGAUGCUCAUACCGAGCCUGGUGUCGUGCGGCUCCCUGUCGAGAAAGUGCCUCGCGACCCCGUAUUCGAUCGCAAGGAGUUUUGAACACAUAAGGAAAAACACAAACGCAAGCGCUUGCGAUUAUAACCAGAUGGUGAAAAACUGUUUGGUUGUACUCGAACGACUCGACCACGCCACCCUGUCGAAAUGGGCCAGGCGGCAAAACGCAUCGAAACGACCGUGCCUUAGGAGCAAAACAAAAACAGCAAAAAAAGAAUGUUAGCAUUUCUUUAGUUUCAAACCUAAACAUUUUAUUCCUUUUUGCUAAGUAAUAUUAAAAGUUCUUUAGGUUUUUCAUUUUUUGUUUGUUUUUUUAUCUUUAGCCAUCUCAAUAUACUAUGUUCACAGACGAAUAAAUAGUAGAGUGGUGUCGUUGGCCUGAAUGGUUAAGACGACACAGUGCUCAUCACUUAGGACAAAGGGUGCCGGGUUCAAAUUCAAGGCCUCUGGAUUCAAACCCGGCAGCUUACAAAUGAGCUUUUUUAUUAAACAUCACCCCAGGGGUAUGACUUUUGCUGUAGCAAACCCUCAUUAAAAAAUUAAUAAUAAUAAUAAAUAGAAACUAUUGAGAAUGUAUAUUUUGCUCAAAAUGAUCAACAUAUUUGUUAAUUACACUUGUGUAGAACAAAUAGUAUUUAAUAGUUGUUAUAAGGUUCAAUGCCUUUAAUAUUUAGUUAUGUUUGCACAACAUAGACUUACGUGACAAUGCCUUUCCUUGAUGUUCUAAUCAAUUUGUAAUUUUUUGUUUAAAUUUUUUAUUUUAUGUUAUAAACAGAUGCAAGUAGUCAUCUCCUUAAAAACUUAAGUGGAUUUGUUUACGUUUUCUUUUACUAAAGUACAAUGUAAAAUCCAUUCCACCUUUUUAUUUGUUCAUUAUAUUAUUUAUUCUUCAUGGUCCGUUUGCAGUUUGUGUUCCUACAUUUAGAAAGAUAAAGCUGCGUUUUGUUUGGCA